AUGUCAACAGCAGCCACAACAACAUCCGCGGCAACCACAGCCUCAGCCCCCGUUCCAUUAACCACGACUUUCAUUCCUCCCAGCACGUGCAUUAGCGAUUUCUGGCUCGUCAGCAGCAGUACCAAAACAUGGAUGAACCUGGGACCAGCACACACAGCUGAAUGUGUUCCUUCGGGAUGGGACAUAUCCAGCUACUUCUCGCCGGGACUAUGUCCCACUGGAUAUCGCAUUGCGGCCAGUAACAUCGUAAUAGAUGGGACUAUUACUGAGACUGCGGCGACGUGCUGUCCGACCAUCGGCAUCCAAACCUACUCCACCAGAACCACCUACACCCCCGGCUGGACCGAACUCGAAGUCUGCACGUGGGAACCCGGCACAACAACUGAGAUCGAAUUCGCCUAUACUUGGACCGACAGCGCCGGAUCUACCAGCAGCACCUCCAGCUCCUUAUCCAGCCCAGGACACAUCAACGGAUACGGAAUUUCCAUUCGCUGGCAGUCGACGGAUUUCACGACCCCGGCAGCCACAACAGCAUCAACAACCUCGUCCGGAGACUCACCCGCGACCGCUACCUCUUCGACAACAUCACCCACUUCCACAUCCUCACCCAGCGGCUCAUCGGGGCUAUCAACUGGAGCGAAAGCAGGUAUUGGCGUCGGUGUUGCAGCGGGUGCGGUGCUGGCUAUAUUUCUCUUACUUUUCUUCCUGCGCCGACGGAAGGCAAACGGUGCUUUUUCAAAUAUGCAGGCUGAUCAAUCCCCGGGGCAGGGGUAUAGGGUGCAGAGGCUGAAUGAGUUGCCAGCCACGAGGACUGGGGCGUUCAUGACCGAGCAGGUGGAAUUGCCGGCUUCGGGAAGGGAUGGGAAGGCGGAAUUGCCGUCGGAAUUUCCUGUCGCUGAGUUGGAUGGUGGAGGGAGACAUUAA